GUCAAGGGGGCCCGCAACUGAAGGCCACCAGGGGGCGCCGCAGUGGCCCGCGGGACCUUGCGACCGCUCUUCGUGUUGACCCGCGCGUGUCCCGUCCGAGUCCUCUGUCGGGGCCGAGCGGGCGGGUAUGGCCGCGUUGCUGGGCCGAGCCCUGGGCGUCCUCACCGCGGGAGGAAGAGGAGGAGGAGGCGGCUGCUUCUGCUCCGCGCUGCGUGCCGCAGCAGGUGUACCCUUCCGCGUGCCUGCGGUGUUCACAGCGGGACUCAGAAUCUUCCCGCAACCUGAGAAAUUUGAUGAUGUGAUCAUUCCUACGAAAAAUAAGCUUAAAUUUGUCAGCAAAGUUCCCAACUACAAGAAAGCACGAAAAUGGACCAAACAGUUGUCGGAUAUUCGGGGUCCCGCCAGAGGAAACACCACGUUCACCAACGGCAAAUUUGGAAUCGUGGCUCUGGGAGGCGGGUACCUCCACUGGGGCCACAUGGAAAUGAUGAGGCUCGCCAUCAACCGUAAGAUGGACAGCAAGAACAUGUUCGCGCGCUGGCGUGUUCGAGCUCCGUACAAGCCGCUCACGCGCAAGGGCCUGGGCCAGCGCAUGGGCGGUGGCAAGGGCGCCAUCGAUCACUACGUUACGCCUGUCAAGUACGGGCAGCUGGUGGUGGAGGUGGGCGGCCGUGCCGAGUUCACGGAGGCAGAGAGCUGGCUCGUCGAGGUGGCCAACAAGCUCCCCUUCCCCGCCAAGGCGGUGAGCAGCGAGCAGCUGGAGGAGAUGCAGAAGACGGAGGAGUGGCGCAUGGAAAACAACGAGAACCCGUGGACGUUUAAACGCAUCGUGGACAACAACAUGCUGGGCCUGCGCUUCACGUUGAGCCCCUAUGACAUUCGCUACUUCGGUAGAUUCUGGGGCAAGUUCAAGCUGCCCUCCUGAUCACGUGCGAUUGCCGCUGUUGCGUUUAUAAUCGGCGAACGGCAUCACAUUUGUUUGAGCGCGCACGGUGUACGGUUGCUGAAUUAAAUCUGGCCUGUGUUCGUUGUCUUAAAAGUGUCGCUGUAUUGUAAUGCAGUUUUCAUGACAAAAUGAGCACUCUUCAAUAAAAGACGUUAUCGCCUUCA